CGAGGUAGAGAAAGAGGUACACGAAAACACUGACUCCUAAGUUCACAUUUGUCCAUAAAGCGUGUUCUCUCCACCCCAGGGAGAGAGGUGUAAGCGGCAGCACUCACCUGGCGGGGUGUCUGGUUUCAGAGACAGCCCUUCUUGUAAUGGGAGUGUCCUCAGGGAGCAUGCUGGUGUUAAACUGUCCUCCUACUGGUUACAGGCUUUAAUGGGAGGUCUGCUGGUGUGGCUGCAGAUCACAUACGAGUUGGAUUUGACUGUUUCAACAGCCGUAGCGCCUCAGUUUAAUUUGCCCUAGAGCCGCACCGUGAGACCACUUACUGCGGUUUUUUUUUUUUUUUUUUUUUUUUUUUGAGGGGGACGAUGGACGAGGAGCGCAGCGGCUCUCCGGACCUGACGGACAUAGAGACCAAGUUGGGUCGAAAAGUUCCGGACGGUCUCGUUCGGUCGCUCGCGGGAGGGAGACGCAGCGACAGGCACGAGCACGACAAGUCAGCUGCGCCUCACUUGGCCAACUGCAAACUCUGCGCAAAUUCAACGGACCUGAAGAGACUGCAGGGUAAAAUGCUGUUCUUGAGACAGGAGAUGGCGAACCUGCGAGCCAUCGACGUGAAGCUCAUGCAGCAGCUGAUGUCGAUCAACGACGGCAUCGAGUCCAUCCGCUGGAUGAUGGAGGACAAGGGGGACGCAACGAGCCAGGACGGCAGCCUGACGGGCAGCUUGUACAGCCUGUCGGACAGCCAGGACGGCUCCUCCCUGCGGGGCAGCUUCAACAGCCUCAACGACGGGAACGGCGACGGCCUGGACGGUCUGUCCGUCGGCAGCUACCUGGACACUCUGGCGGAGGACCUACCCGGAGACUCGUCCCCGCCCACGGACCUCGACCGUUUAAUGGAUAAAGCCGUAAUUUCUGGCGAGUCCUUCACCAAAUCGCCGCUGAAACUCAGGGUGGAAUCGGACGAAUACUACUGCUUUAGAUAAUAGUGAUGAGAUAGACAAAGACUACUGAGAUAUAUGGAAGAAAACAAAGAACUCCUUUGUCCUGUUUUUUUUUUUUUCUCCCAGUUUUGAAGACGUGGGCAUGUUUGGGAAUGUUACAUUUUCCCUUGACACCAUUUUCCUGAAGUGGAUUAGCAAAACCUCAAAAGUUUUUUUGUUUUUUUUUCUUUUACCAAAUGUCACAAGAUGCAAGAGAAAUCCUCUCUGUAGCAAAGACUGCUUAAUAUUUUUAUGACUUAAAAAAAAAAACAAAAAAAACUCAGAAGGUGCCGAGUUACGAUUUAUGAUUAUAUUUAUUGUUAAAUUACCCUGUAUGUGUGUGGUUUCCAUCUAAAAACAGGUCGAACAAAAGUUGUUUCCUCCUAAGGAAAGCGGCGCUCUCUGAGGAAAAACCAGCGGGUUAGGACUUUGCAGCCGAUUGGAAAAUUGGACAUUUCAUGCUGAACGAUUCGAGUAGUUUAACUCCUUCAGGUGGCAAAAGUUAUUAGUUUUGAACUUAAAAGCAAGUGCAAUUUUCCUCCAUGCCAAAUGCCAAUGCGCCACCUACAGCACAUGUCUUCCAGCUUUAUUACUUUAACUGGAGUUAACAAAACUCUUGGCCUCCAGUGGGUAUCAGUGGUAGCUUCAGCUUGUAGUCUUACUCAAAGCUUGACUGAAAACCAAAGAAAUUUCUCUCAGAGGUCAUUUACGCCUGAGGCUAAACUGCAUUAUAGCACCAGAUGAGAGAUUUGUUAUCUGCAUAGGCGUGUGUGAAACGCACGCUCGCUUUGAGGGCACAUGUUUUGUUGUGUCGGCUUCUGACGAGGUUCUUUUGUCUGUAAAAUUGCUUUGGUUGAUUCGUUGGUUUGACGUUUUUGCGUUUAACGAUGUCCGCUUUUGAAGCCGGCAUAAACAAACAUUUUAUUCAAUGUUGCUUUCUUUGUUGAGAAAAUAAAAUAAUAUAUUGUGUUUUUGUUGUUUUGCCCCCAAUAUUUAUGCCAAAAAUAACUGAUACUGUGAUGAAGCAUGUGCCUUCUUCCAGCUUUCUUUUAUUUAUUUUUUUGUGUGUUGUUUUUACAUUUAAAAUUUUCAUAUCAUAGUUACGAAUCUUAAUAUCGGGGAAGGAUGAACCCCCGCCUCUCUAUGGUUCAGGAUUCACAGAUUCACCUACUGGCUGUUUGUCUUUUCUGUGGAACGUGACUUAAAUUAUUUAUGGGAAAAUUCGUGUAUGCUUUUUUCCUACUGCAUAUUUACAACAUUUAAAUGAAAAUGCAGCAUGAGAAGCUGAAAUACCUAGACACAGCACUAUCCGACAUCCUAUUGGCUGGUGUUCACAAAGCAGCCAAUCAACGAGGACCUUUCAUUUUCUUUGAUGUUGAUUGGCUGUACCCCCCAAGAGCAGAAAUAAGGAAAACUGAAAAUGUUAGUUUCGGUGGUAGUCUCUAGUAAAAUAGGCGGUCCUACAUUUUUUGGAGUAGGUUUCAAGUAUUUUCAGACAUCAUCUGGCUGUGGUUCCUAAUUUCUACAAAUGCUGUGGGUCCAAAUGGAGUUUUAAAAUAAGUUACGUCAUGACGGCAAAAGAGCUUAGUUUUGAAGUAAACACUUAAAACAGAAUCUGUUUCACAUCUUGCCCUGAUCUGAAGGAGUACAAGAGCAGAUCAAAAAGCAUCAGACCCAAGGUCAAAGAUAGUGGUGGUAAUGUGACAGUGCAGGGCUGCUUCAGGAUCUAGAUGACUUCACUGAACUGAUGGAACCAUCACCACCACGUCCACCUCUGCAUAUGUCAAAAAUAAAUAAAAUGAAGGCCUUCAAGUGAACUAGUCAAAGUCCAGGGUUGUGAUUGGACCUUAAACCUUCCAUUCAUGCCGAAAAAAAAAAAACCUUGUUCUUCAUCUUUCUGUUCACUCUUUAAUGCUUACAGUGAAAGCCUCAUCAUGUUACACAAAGUCUUUGUGAGCAUACAUGUUUGAAGAUAAAAUAAAUAAAUAAACAUCUGAAAAUGU